CAUGCUGGGAAAGGUAAAAAAGGCCGGAUACCUUGGCGCGAGGCUAUCCAAAGCAAACCGCCAAAAAGCUGCAUCUUACUAUUCAAGUCUGGCCCCAUUCAUUCCUACGGACUUUGCUCGACACCCUCGAUCUUUUGAGGAACUAUCUAAUUUCAAGGCAACGGAGUUCCGUCUUUUCGAUUCUUAUCUCGGAGUUCUGGUGACAAAAAAGUUCUUUUCUCAACAACUUCACGAUCAUUUCUUGCUUUAUUUCUGUGCCAUGCGACUUCUAUCAAUGAAGGACACUCCGAGCGACAAAAUCGAGUUGGCCCAAGAUCUACUCGGCGAAUUCGUCCAGCAGUUUCAAGGGUAUUAUGGCGUACACAGUCUUACGCACAACGUACACAUGUUGCUCCAUUUGGCGCAAUACGUUGAACUGUAUGGAAAUCUUCCAUCUAUUACCGCGUUUCGUUUCGAAAACUUUAUGCAACAGAUCAAAAGUUUUCUGACUAAAAAGAAACAUCAAAUUCUACAACAGCUACAUAACCGCCUUGCUGAACAGGAAGUUCUAGCGAAGAAAAAUGUGAACGUGCAAAUUACAGAAAAGUUUAAAUUAAAGAAAAACUUGCUGGGUUGUGGAUUUGCUUACCGCACGUGCAGUUUUGACGAUCAGACGGUAAUUAGCGCAAAUGGCAGGGAUGAUUGUGUACUGAUCGGAGGAACGCCAGCUAAAGUGCUUGGAUUCGCUGAGAUAAACGGUACAAAAGGUGCCAUUGUACAAGAGUUUUCCAACUUACAACCUCUUUUUGUAAAACCCAUUAAUUCCAGUGAAAUCGGCCUUUGGAUUACUUCAAACAUCAAUGACGAAAUUAUAUUUGUUGAGCUAAACUCAGGUUUAAUUAAAGCGAUAAAAAUUCCUUUUGAAUCUGCCUACAUAAUAAUUACAAUGUUACACACCGGUUACGAUUAAUAAAAUUAAAAAUGUAAAACUUUGAUUUUGUUUUUAUUUCCUACGGCUUCAACCAUUUCAAUUAUUUCUCUUAGUUUUUAUAGUGUCUGCGACCUUUACAAAAGUUUAGCUACUUUCCAGGGAUGUCAGUUGGCGAAACAGAUUUGUCAAACAAAUACAGCAUUUCAAAACAAACUUUCUGGCAUCCCUGUAACUGUCACUUUGUUCGUUCUUUCUUCUCGCACAGUUCGACCGGCAAGACGUUUGCUGACGUGCUCCUUCGAAUAAAAUGGCCGACAUGGCAAAGUUUUUGCAAAAGCAGUUUGGCGAGAUGAAGGCCCAACUGGACAAAGUUCACAGGGAGCUCAUUGAAGUGACGGCCCACGAGCGCACCACCAGGGAGGUCAUGGCCACGCUGAAGUCAGACCUGACGGAGGUCAAGUCGAUCCUGCACAACAUGAAAAAUGUUCCGGCACAAAGAACCUUCCCGUUGCGGGACAUGUCGGCGGUCGAGACUUUGUGCCGGAAAUUUGCUGAUGGGAAACUGGUAAAUGAUAUCAAGGCGGAGAUCAAUUACAUCUUCAAAAAUGCAUCGAAGGAAAAUUUUAUCCAGGACUUCCUCUCAGAUGAGGUUACAUGCUUGUACAAACAGGCAGACGACAUCAGAAAGUUGAACUUUAUGAAACACAUAAUAAACGAUAUUACAUUCACACCGAAGACCAACUUCACGAACAUGGUGAACCUCGCCAAGGCCAGGAUUUACUCUGCACGUAAUCGCCAAAACAAAAAGCUGGAGGAGUCAGCCGCCGUGCCACCCGUGGUUCCCGCGCUGCUCGCGAAACCCGUGCAGCGUACGACGCCUGCGAAGCUCACGAAGCCGGCGACGCCUGCAAAGCUCACGAAGCCGGCGACGCCUGCGAAGCUCACGAAGCCGGCGCCGUCCGCGAAACUCGCGCCGCCCGCAAAGAGAGCGCGUCAGGAAACUGUUGAGGAGGAAGAAUGCGACGAAGAGAUAGAAGAAGAAGAGGAGCCGGAAGAGUAUGAUGACGAGAUUGAAGGCGACGAUGGCGAGCUGGAGUCGCCGGAAUUUUCACCGGUGAAAGGUGCUCAGUGAUUUUUACUUGUUUGAACUCUCGUUUUAAGUUUUGUUAACGUCUAAUCUUUGUUAACGUCGCUCAAAUAAACGAUGAACUGUUUAUAACCUAUUUUAUUUGAAUCAUCCGAUUAAUAUAUAUAUUUAGUAGGUUUACGUCAGAAAACGAAACUCGAUCUCGUAUCUCGAUUAAUUGACCGAUUUCGUUGGGUUCAGAAGAAAAAAAAACAAAAUGUAUCGACAAAUUAACCGACUUAAUAUAAUACCAUCAGCCAAUUUAAUUUGGUUUCGACAGAAUCUCUUCUUAGUUUGUUAAUUAAUUAAACGAUUUUAGUUGUUUGCGUAGGCCAAUUUUAUUUGUUUUCGUUAAUAGCAGUGACUAAGAUAGAUGACCAAUCAACCAAUUUCGUUGGGUUUAGUCGGCCGAUUCUGAACCUCGACUAGUCGGAUAACGUCUGUGUUAAGUUUCCAUAAGAGUUGGGUGCACCAUUGACCGAUUCUUCAGCCAACUUCGUCGGUUGAUUCAACCGACUAAAACCAACUUAGUUUUGGGAACAGUAGGGUGUUUUUUUUA